UAGAAGGAGAAGGAGAACACGGUUUUCCCUAGGCGGAUAGUUCCUAUCCUUAUCUUGGUCGCUCUCCAUUAGCCAGCAGUAACUACCAGUCCGCCAUUGCCGGCCACUGACGAGCCUCCUCUUUAAAAAGAACAAAAGCAGAGGGCAUGGACUGAGGAGAAUUGCGGCCUUUUUUGGGCGUCCAGAAGUCGCUCCCUCCAGGAUUCUCUCCGAGCCAUUUCUUUCCUUUUCUUUGCCAAUCCUCGCCGUCGCAGGAUCGCCGUGUCGUCAUUGUUGGUUCAGCAAGCGCAGCGAACCCUGUUUUGCCCCUGUUUUUGGGCUGUCAAGAUCCGAAGCAACUCGUACGUGUUUGAAGCUUCAUGGCCGGCGUGCACUCUCAUCGGCAAUACUUUUCAAACAUGUAAACUUGACCAGCAACCGCAACCCAGAACUCCUCCUUGGUAAGAAGUGGGUAUUGAUGGCUGGCAGUCAGAGGGGAGAGUAAGCCGUAAAUUUGGUGGUGGUUCCGGGGUGAGCAAAGGCGAUGCUUGGUUUAAAGCUUUGGGGGUGUAAGUCAUGGAUGGAACCUUAUUUCUUUUUGAGGUGAUGCUAGCGGUCCGGAGAAUUGCAACAAAAACUUUCUUUUUCCAACACAACCGCGUGGAAAUUGCUAGGGUCUCUUGUGUCCAAACCAUGUUCUUGCUUCCGAUCCUUGUCUCACUCUUCCUUGGAUCUCAGCAAGCUUAUUCCUCAACUUCCUCUUCAAGUCUUGAGCCUACAAGUUUCUUUUUCCCUUCUUUUGACCAUGGCUCUUGCACCGGUAAAGAGCUCAUUUGCAUGGGCUCAGUCAGCUCGCGAGAUGGGUAUUUGAACAUCACGCCAGAGAAAGGUAAUUCGAGCCUUGCGUCGAUGCCGACAAACCAGGUAGGGCGGGUUCUUUAUUCCCAACCAGUGGCUGCUUGGCCUGCCAUGAUCUCCACCACGUUCACCGUCAGGAUCACCCCACCGCCAAAUUCCACAGUCUCUGGUGACGGGAUGGCUUUCCUUUUCGCACAGGAUAAUAGCCCCUCACCGCCGAACAGUACUGGCUCAUACAUGGGGAUUCUUGAUCGGUCUACUCAAGGUGGUGUUGUUCGACAACUAGCCGUGGAGUUGGACACUUACAUGAACGAGUUUGAUAUUGACGGGAACCACAUAGGCAUAGACACGACGAGCACUACUAACUCAGUCGUUGCCCAGAGCCUAAAGAGCACAGGAGUGAACUUAAGAAGUGGAAGGGACAUCACGGUCGAAAUUGAAUAUGAUGGCUAUAAAAAUGAAUUCCAAAUCUUAAUAGCAUAUUCUGGGAAUUCACUAACAAGCGUUCUCAAUUAUUCGAUCAAAAUGUCGGAAACGGUCCCUAGGCUCGUGUAUGUGGGCUUUUCGGGAGGCACUGGUCCUCUUCCCGAAAGCCACCAGGUGAUUAAUUGGGCAUUUAGCUCUUUUCCUUUAUCUACAGUGGAAAAGCGGCUCAAGAGAGACAACAGGAUCAAAACUAUAUUGGUUUUGGUCGUGCCAAGUGUGAUGACGGUAUUGUUCAUCAUUAUAUGCGUCUACCUCGUUAAAAGAGCACCAAGGAAGAGAGACAAGAAGGACACCGACAUAGAGAGCCAAUCGAGGGUGGCUGCGAACAUUCCAAAGAUGUUCACCUACAAGGAGCUAGCAAAGGCCACUCGCAACUUCAGCAAGGAGAAUCUGCUCGGGACUGGCGGUUUCGGAAGCGUUUACAAAGGGGUGAUCUCAGAUCCUCCGGUCGAAAUAGCCGUGAAAAAGAUCUCGGCAACCUCGAAACAAGGUGAAAGACAAUAUUUGGCAGAGAUAUGCACAAUUGGGAGGAUGAGGCACAAGAACAUAGUGCAACUCCAAGGUUGGUGCCAUGAGGGGGAACAACUUCUAUUAGUCUACCAAUACAUGGCCAACGGUAGCCUUGACCGCUUUAUCGGCAAGUUGUCCCUCAAUUGGGAGACUCGAUAUGAGAUUUUGACUGGUAUAGCCUCAGCGCUACUCUACCUCCAUGAAGAAUGUGGGAACCCUGUGGUCCAUCGGGACAUCAAGCCCAAUAACGUCAUGCUAGACGCCAACUACAAUGCCUACUUGGGUGACUUUGGGCUUGCGAGGCUGAUCCAAAGCGACGCCUCAUCGACAACUAUGCUUGCAGGCACCCCUGGGUACCUAGCCCCGGAGGUGGCAUACUUAGGGAAGGCCACACCGGAGUCGGAUGUGUACAGCUUUGGGAUGGUGGUCUUGGAGGUGGUGUGCGGGAAGAGGUCAAAGGGGAUCACAGAAGAGAACAACUUGGUGGAUUAUGUGUGGAGUCUUUACGGAGAAGACUCGCUCCUGGAGUGUGUAGAUGAGCAAAUGGAAGGCCAAUUUGACGAGGAGCAAGUGGAGAGGGCACUGAUAGUGGGCCUUGCUUGCCUGCACCCGUACUCUGCAUGCAGGCCGAGGAUGCGAAAGGUGGUCCAGAUUUUCUUGAACCCGGAUGAGCCACUAAUGGAGUUGCCCAAGUCCCGGCCUAGCAUGGCAUUUGUGCCAGUCUCAUUCUCGGGCUUGACCACCGUUGGCUACUCCUCCACCUCUAGGACCAAAUCUGCCUUCGCUCGCUCACCGCUCAGUUCACCACAGGAGAUAGAACUCAAUCAUGAAUAGGGGAUGUCGGGGUUGCGUUAAUGGUCUUGACAACUAAAGAUUGUAUCAGAAAAUUUCAAGUGAGAGUCAUACAUGAAUAAGUUUUACUAUGUAUUAUGCUACAAUGUGGUGCAGAAUGGAUACACUUUGAAGCUAGGUGUGUUGUAUUUACAUUCCUCUAUGAAUAUUAUGUUCUUAUGUGGAAUCAAGUUGGAGUCGUUCAAGUCAUGCCGCCUCAUUGCAGGAGUUACAUGGAGCAUGCGAAGAAAAAGACCCACUUAAAUCAGGAACGAUUUACAUAUGUCAAUUCAUAUAUUUAUGAAUUUCAAGGCUCAUGGCUCAAUUCACCACCAGAGAUAGAACUCGAUCAUGAACAGGGGAUGUCGGGGUUGCGUUAAUGGUCUCGAGAAUUAACAUUGGAUUAGAAAAUUUCACUCGAUUCAUAUAUGAGUCAUAUAGGAAUGAGUCUUACUCUGUAUUAUGCUAUGAUGUAGUGCAAAAUGGAUACUCUUUGAAGUUA